AUGCGUGUCUUCUCUCGUCAUACAUCCAUUCUCCAAGCUUCGAUCGCAAAGCCGUCACUUUGCUCUAUCUCGCGAACACCAAUUGCAGCCACACGAUCCAUCAAAAGCUACACCAAGACACUUACACCGACUCAGAGCUUCACGACAAAGCAAAUUGCAAGCAUGUCUUCGGCAUCCACACAAUCGCAAGCCUGUUGCAACACGCCCGCCGUCGUCAGUAAAGGCUACUCCCCGAAGGGCGACUACAUCGAAGUCGACGGCUUGAAGACCUACGCAACCGGCCCCAAAGACGCAAAGACAGGAAUCCUAGUUGUCUACGACAUCUUCGGCUUCUUCAACCAGACCCUCCAAGGCGCUGACAUCCUCGCCUACACCGACGACACAAAGUAUCAGGUCUUCAUCCCAGAUUUCUUCGAGGGCCAGCCCGCGGACAUCUCAUGGUACCCGCCGGACAACGAGGAGAAGGGCAAGAAGCUGGGCGAGUUCUUCGAGACGAAGGCCGCACCGCCCAAGACGCUGCCGCGCAUUCCGAAGAUUGUGAAGGAGUUGGGGGAGAGCAGGGGGAUUGAGAAGUGGGCGAUUUUGGGAUAUUGUUGGGGUGGGAAGAUUGUUAAUCUCUCCUCAAUGGAGGGCACGCCCUUCAAAGUCGCAGCUGCAUGCCAUCCCGCCAUGGUCGCUGGCGAGGACGCUCCUGGCGUCAAAAUUCCUUACAUCAUGCUCCCGUCAGGCGAUGAGAGUAAGGAGGAUGUCGAGAAGUGGCAGAAGGGCAUUAAGACACCGAAUGUGGUUGAGUGGUUCCCAGAUCAGGUGCAUGGGUGGAUGGCGGCGAGGGGCGAUUUGGAGCAGGAGAAGGUGAAGAAGGCGUACGAGCGGGGGUAUAAGCUGGUGCUGGAUUUCUUUCAUAAGCAUAUGUGAGUAUUGGUUGAUGUAUGUGAGAAGAGGAGGUGCUGAAGGCUGUUAGGGAUGCGGGAGCGAAACUAUGAAGCUCCUCAAUGAGUUUGUACGACUAGAAUGCCGGGUAACAUAUUUUCCAUUUCAACA